AUGAUCUCACCCGAGGGGAUCCAAUGGAUAAACCAGAAGGUUGGUCAUGAGACAUUUCAAGAGGAACCUUCCACGCCCCCAUUCCACGGCUCACGGGGUGGUUACAGUGUGCAAACCCCUGCGGACAUAUACUCAGACCUAGGAUUUGUACCUUUGCCUUCUAAGGAAGCCGCUAUAAGUUUAUUAAACGCUUACUUCAGGACGAUCAACCAUUAUUGUCCGCUUUUUGAUGAACGUGACUUCAUGUCUCGCAUUGAACAAGAAUACCCUGUUCAUCCACAGUCAUCUCCAGAAUGGUGGGCCUGUGUUAGUGUCACGUUGGCAUUGGCAUAUACGCUUGAUCCACGAUACUACCAGCACGGAUGGAUAUAUCUGAGAAACUCUAUGCUUUCAUUAAACGGUUUUUACGUUGGACGGCCACAACUGUGCUCGGUACAAGCAGUUCUUGGAAUGGCUCUCUAUUUUCUUGGGACUUUCAGUCUCAGACCUUCGAUCGAGUUGAAUGCAUUGGCAAUGUGCAUGGCAUACAGUCUAGACCUUUCAACAGACCUAUCUACGCAGACUGCCUCUGAGAUUGAACAGUCUAGGAAGGUGCUUGCAGUUUGCUGUAGUAUGGAUAUUGAUAUAGCCCUUCGCUCUAGAACUCCGCCGAUACAACAUUCUAUCGAUAUGACGUUUUACCAUCGCCCGAUCGACCAGAAUGGCGUUUUUAAUAUAUAUGACUCAGUGAGACAUCUCACGAUCAUCAAGAACCAGAUAUAUCAGAAACUUUAUUCCACACUGGGCUCUGAGAAAGGGGAUGCGGAAGUGAUUGACACCGUUGGCGAGCUUGAUGUUAAACUUCAAGACUGGGUUGAUGAGAUUCCUCAUGAGUAUCAGCCUGGUCACUUUAACAAAUACAGCGACUCGAGGGAUGAAAUCGGCCCUAUCCUUCUCUAUAUACAUUUGAGCUAUUACAAUUGCUUGUUGAUCAUCCACAGGAAAGCUAUUGCGCGGGCAGAUUGGAAUAUGUCUCUUGACCCAUGUCGCAGCCAGUUCCCACAAGUUCGGUCGCCGAAUCCCAGAACCCUACAGUCGUCCACGCUAUGCACACAAGCUGCACGGGCUUCGAUGCAGUUGGUCCGUGAGAUCCCGGGGGAUAAUAUCAUCUGUGCUGGUACCUUGAUGUACUUUGCAGUCUUUGCUUUGGUGAUAUUUUCUAUCCUUAUUGUGAAAGAUCCAUCUGUUGCCAAUCCCAAAAGGGACAUCGAGAUGAUGAAAGAUGUGGAGAAGUUCUUUUUCGCCGUAUCCAGAAGCAAUGCUGGGCCCGGUAUAGACCAGCUAAUUCAAUACUGUAUCAGCCAUCGAGCAGCCGCAGAGAUGGCCAUUAAGCGAGCUUUGAAGUCCACAACAGGCAGUUGUUGA